AUGGAUGGGGAAAGGCCCUCGAAAAGGCGUCGCACUUCGAUGCAUCCACCUCGCGAAGUGGGUUUAAUGCGUAGCGUCCCUGGAGACAAACUCUCAAGCUUUGUUGGAAGCGCCAGUGGUAUUUACUUCAUUCGAUCGGUAUACGGUGCAAUUCGUGGCGCCCACCCAUCAGCAUCGACUCAGAUAGAGACGCCCGAAAGCGAUCACGUCCCAGGAGAAGACGAUUAUCUCCCUUCAUCUGCGCCCAACGCCCCUGGUCAAAUAUGGAGAGACGAGGAGACUCAGUCCAGGCCUUUAAGUACUGUUUCAUUCCAAGAGCUUGUAGACUGGAGCGCAAGCUAUUUCGCCAACUGGCACCCAUUUUACCCAUAUCUGCAUGCUCCGAGUGUAUUGGAGUACUUCGAGAAAUUACCGCAACUCAACGAGCAAGUUAACGAUGGCGCGCCAAAUUUCCAGAUGACAAUCCUACGAUCCAUAAUGUCUAUAUCGCUUGCAGAUCACCGACAAUCAUCUGGGUUGGACACGGCGCAAUACCCUGCGGACCUUGUUUUCAAAUCUUACGACCAUGCAGUAGACUGCCUCCAGCAUGUUCUGACCCGUCCGACAACCCUUCAAUCCCUUCAGGCAGCUAUAAGCGUACAACUCUUCUUAGUCUCGAUGCUUCGGCUUAAUGCUGCUAGUCGCCUAGGCGGUCUUGUGAUUCGAAUGGCACUCCAGCUUGGGCUACACCGUUGCCCAACCCGAUUCCCGUCCUUUUCGGUCGCGGAGAAGGAACACCGCCAGAGAAUUUUCUGGUCACUCUACGCUAUUGAUCGCUUCAUAUGCCAAUCCAUGGGUCUCCCAUUAAGCCUCCACGACGAUGACGUUGAUGUUUGCUACCCGACUGCUGAGCGGCAUCUGGGUCAUCAGUACCCUACAGAUGAUAGACUACGGCUCACCAGCCUUGUGGCGCGACAAUAUACUAUACGAGGUCAGAUUAUAGAACUACGAAACAAAUCGCUUCAUUAUGUCCAAAAAGAUCCUGACAAGGCGACUGCUUUAACGGCGAAGCUAGCGCAAUGGUGGAACGAUGUGGAAGACUUCCAUGACACAGAAGAUGAUCAGCAUGCGUCUGCAUACCAUCGUGCCGUCUUGACGAUUUUGAAGCACGAGUCGAUCAUCUCUCUGAACCGACCAACUCUCGCAGCUUCACGUCAGGGACAUGCAUAUGAUGCUGCUCUUCAGCAAUGCAUUGGUUCUGCAAGAGCCAUCAUCACGACACUGCACAAAGCUAUUAAGCCGAGGCAUCAACGCGAGCCAACGUCGGACGCUCUAGCAUUGCUGUGGCCAUCGUGCACAUGGGCAGUUUGGAUCAGCACAUUCAUCCUGUUCCAUGCUGCCAGCAGUCAUCACGUCUCAGAUGGAAUCGUCUCCCGGCUUGCCGAUAAAGCUCUCGAUGUACUCCAUCAUCUUGCUCGAAGAGGAAGUGUAUGGCCCGAAGCCAGUGCCACUGCUGUUCGCGAGUUGCGUGAUCGCCUCACCCAGCGUCCUUCUCGACACCUGAGUUCAGAUCACCCGCCGACCACAUUGAACGAGACCAGCGCAAGAACGGAUCUGACAUCAGAUGCGAGCAUAUCUGCUCAGCCACACUACACAAGUUCUAGUGGAUUGGAAGCACCCCAAAGCGAAAACAACGAUGGGCCAAACCGCUCUACUUCCAGCAUGGGCUUGCCACAGGAACGUGCCGGCACUCACGUCGCUCAGCCAGCCACAGCUGGGUCGACCUCAUCUCACAAUACCUUCACACAAGCUUCAAGCGCACACCAAGUAGCAGAAGCGCCUCAGUCAUCCACUAACGCUUCCUCCGUUCCGUACAAUAACACCAAUGCUCCAGUCUUCGAUUUUGGCAGCUCAGAGUGGAGCGACUUCCUGCAGGCCAACGACACCUUCGACACGAGCGCACCGCUUCCUCAAGUUGAUGGCGUGGACCCGUACAUUGGUUUUGAUAUACCAUUCUGGCUUGGUCAAGAUCAGUAUUGGGAUAUGCUGCACGACCGUAACUGA